AUGUCACAAAGAAAUGGCGCGCACAACACAGACCAUUUCACAACGGUGGAUGACCUGAUCAGAGAUCGUGCAGCCACCAUCCCAGACACUCCGCUCAUUACAUAUCCCAACUCCCGCGCAAGAUGCGCCGACUGGGUCGAGUACACGGCGCGCGACCUCGACGCCUACGCCGACGAGGCGGCCAAGGAAUUGAGUAGACUUGGUCUCAACCCCAAGCACAGAAAAAGCACCAAGAGCGAGGUGGUGGCUCUAUUGGGCCCUUCAGAUCUCGACUAUGCCAUCUCCAUGCUCGCUCUCACGCGCAUGGGCUUCGGGGUGCUUUUCCUGUCGACAAGGUUAGCAGUCGAGGCGUAUGCUUCACUGCUAGACAAGACCGAUUGUACACGCAUGCUGACCACACCAAAAUUCGUCGACAACACGGUCAAAGCCAUCCGGGAAGGGCGCGACCUUGAAACGUGGGAUAUUGUGGAAAAGUCCAUAUACUCACGCGAGUCCACGGGAAAGCAGUUCCAAAAGCAGACGGAAAUCCAAGACCAAGCAAACGCCGUCGCAUUCAUCGUGCACUCGUCAGGCAGCACGGGGCUACCAAAACCCAUCUUCCAGUCCCACCGAGCAUGCUUGGGCAACUACGCCCUCGGCAGCGGCAUGCGGGCGUUUGUGACGCUGCCACUUUUCCACAACAGCGGGCUGGCCAACACCUUCCGGUCCAUCGUGGCCGGCAAGUGCAUGGCACUGUACAACGCCUCCAUCCCCAUGACGAGCGCCAGUCUGGUCGAGGGCCUCGACCACAUCAAGCCCGAGACCUUCAACUGCGUCCCCUACGUCCUCAAGAUCCUCUCCGAGACCCCCGAGGGCCUCGCCGCCCUGGCCCGCUGCAAGAUGGUCGUCUACGCCGGCGCCGGCUGCCCAGACGACCUGGGAGACCUGCUGGUGGAAAAGGGCGUCAACUUCGUCUCGCACUAUGGACAGACCGAGAUGGGCCAGCUGAUGAUGUCGACGCGCCCGCCCGGCGACAAGGCCUGGAACUACGUGCGGCCUCUGCCCAACACAAGGCAGUUCAUCCACAUGGAUCCGCUCGGGGACGGCCAGUACGAGUGCGUGGUGCUCGACGGACUCGAGACCAAAGUCAUGUCCAACAGCGACUCCCCACCCAACUCAUACCGCACGCGCGACAUCUUUGUGAAGCACCCGACCAUCCCCGACGCGUGGAAGCCCGUCGGCCGCCUCGACGACCGUCUCACCCUCGUCAACGGCGAAAAGGUCCUGCCCAUCCCCAUGGAGGGCACCAUAUCGCAGAGCGAGCUCGUGCAUCAGUGUCUGAUCUUUGGCGUCGGGAGGGCUUUUCCAGGCUUGCUGGUCGUCAAGAGCGACAAGGUGCCGAGCGGGUGGACGCGGGAGCGGUACCUGGAUGCCAUAUGGCCUAGUGUGCAGCUGGCCAACCACAACGCCGAGAAGUUUGCGCAGAUCGACAGGGACAUGGUCGAGGUGCUCGAGGCGGAUGCUAACUACCCCCGGACGGACAAGGGGACCAUAAUCCGCGCGGCGUCGUACAAGCGGUUUGCGGAUUUGAUUGACGCCGUGUACACACGGUUUGAAGGCGGGUCGCUUGGCCCAGCAGGCAAAAACGGUACCCGGCAAAAGACGGAUGUCCAAGGAUACAAGAGCUACCUGACUGCCCUCUUCCGAGAACGCAUGGGCUUCAAAACGCUGCAGCUCGACACGGACUUUUUCAGUGCCGGAAUAGACAGCCUGCAGGCAAUCAUGGCACGGAGCCACAUGAUGCGCCAACUCGAUCUCGGCGGCGCUGUCCUGGGGCAGAACGUCGUCUUUGAGCACCCGACCAUCAACCAGUUGGCCGAGCACCUGUUCGUGGCAUCCCGCGCCACUCGCCACACGUCACCCACCACAGCCCCCGACGACCUUUCCACAUUCAUGUAUGACCUGGUCGCAAAGUACGGCAACUUCGAUCCCUUUUUGCCCGGCACCAAAACCCCACAAGCCGACACCAUCCUCCUCACCGGCGCCACGGGCUCUCUAGGCGCACACAUCCUCGCCCAGCUCCUUCCCUUCCCCCACGUCCGCCACGUAUACUGCCUAGUCCGCGCCCCCGACGCAGCAGCCGCCACGGCCCGCGUCUUUUCCUCCCUUUCGGACCGCGGGCUGGGCGACUGCAUCACGCCCGCCCUCUCGUCCAAAGUCAUCGCCCUACCAUCCGACCUAUCCCGUCCCGACCUAGGCCUUGCCCCGGCCGUGUUAUCCGGCCUGCGCUCCACGCUGACGGGGGUGAUUCACUCGGCCUGGGCCGUCAACUUCAACCUGGGCGUGUCAUCGUUUGCAGCGACGCACAUUGCCGGCGUGCAAAACCUCCUCAAGCUCGCCCUGUCGGUCCCCUUCCGCCAGCCCGCCCGCUUCGCGUUCAUCUCGUCCGUGUCGGCCGCCAGCGGAACGCCGCUGCCCGCGCGCAUCGCGGAGCGGUACGUCGCGGACCCCCGCCACGCGCAGGGCAUCGGAUAUGCGCAGUCGAAAUGGGUGGCGGAGCACUUGGUGCGGCGGGCGGCCGAGGGUGGCGGGGUGGCGUUCCGGGUGCUCAGGACGGGGCAGGUGGUGGGCGACAGCAGGCAAGGGCGGUGGAAUGCCACCGAGGCGAUCCCGCUCAUGCUGAGGGCUGCCGAGACGAUGGGGGCGCUGCCGAGGCUGGACGAGAGGCCGAGCUGGAUCCCCGUCGACGUGUGCGCGCGGGCGGUGGUCGAGCUGAGCGGGGUGGAGCGGCCGUUUGGGGACGCGGCGGAGGAGGCGGAGGACGGAGCCCACGUGGUGUACCACGUCCUCAACCCGCGGACCUUUUCGUGGGCGGACGAGCUGCUGCCUGCGCUGCGGCGGCCGGACUGCGGGCUGAAGUUUGAAGAGGUCGGGCAGCGCGAGUGGGUGGCGCGGCUGCGAGCGGCCGCCGAGGCUGACGAGGCGGUCGGCAAGCACCCGACCGUCAAGCUCUUGGAUUUCUUCGCGGGCAAGUACGACAAUGACAAGCCUGGGCGGAGCGGGCUGGUGUUUGAGACGGAGAAGACUGGGGGGAGGAGUCGGGCUAUUCGUCAGGGGUUUGAUGUUAUCGGGAGCGGGCUGAUGGGGAAGUGCGUGGCGUCUUGGAGGAGCAAUGAUUGGAAAUAG